AUGUUAGGAUUUUCGUGGCCCGAAUUGAUGAUAGUAUCCGGCAGCUUUAUAUUCUUAGCAUUGCUGUCCAGUGAAUUAAUCAAGUGGUCCCACGUAUUUUCCGAAAACUCGUUAAUCCAACAAUGCAAUUCGCCGAUCAUUUUAUUUGGAUACGUUGCACAUAACGGACCACACACUUGGAAAGUAUUUUAUCCGGAGAGUAAUGGUUACAAUCAAUCACCGAUCAAUAUAACAACUACUAUAGCAAUCGAGGAAUACGAUGAGAUCGAAUGGAUUGGUCACGAUGAAGUACCAUGCUCUAUGAUUAUGGCAAACGAUGGAAAUUCUGUGAUAGUAUGCGGUACCUGGUGUGGCGAUCGUGCGUAUCCUUUAAUCAAAGGAGGUCCUUUAACUAAUACAUACAAAUUUCAUUCUAUGAUGUUCCAUUGGGGACCAUCAGAUAACGAAGGAAGUGAACAUACAAUCAACGAUGUCCGAUAUGCUAUGGAAUUGCAAUUCGUUCAUGUUAAAAGUGACCUCUUUUCACCUUUUCAAGCAGCUAUACUAAACGCCAAAGAUGGUGUGGUCAUAGUGUCAUCAUUUUUCAACAUAAUACCUGUUGACAAUCCUUACUUGGAUUAUAUAGUCACCAAUUUGAGAUACAUCAAACAACCUGGUAGUAAAGUAUAUAUACCACCCUUUCCCUUAUCAUGGUUGCAUAAUACUGAAGGAAAUCAUUAUUACGCCUAUCACGGUUCUCUUACUCAGCCACCUUGCAGUGAAAUUGUCACUUGGCUUAUCGAUCCCGUUCCUGUACCAAUCUCCUCCAAUCAGGUUGCACAAUUCCGAGAAAUCUGUUCGAAUGAUGGAUUGCUUUUGACUAAUUGCAGACCGGUUCAAUAUUUAAACGGACGUGACGUUUAUCAUUACCCCUGA